UACCAGUUUACAAAGAACCUUCGCAGCGUUCGGUCGUUCAUGGUGUAUAGGUCUCGCGUUUUUCGUUAAUAAAUCCGGUGUUUGUACUCAGUCAGCCCAAUCGAAGGAAAGGUGAAAGUACAGAAUAGUGCUACUCUACUGGGAGUUCAAAGCAGCAUUUUGAAAGGCGUUCUCCGCGGCAUCGUGUCGAUUUCGGUGUGCCCAUCUAUUGUUUGCCAUAUUGUGUUGCGUUUCAUUUUCUGUCAGAGAAAGCAGACGAGUGUUGUUUUGCACUACUGGUUUGAUUUACGGCUCACGGUGCUAGAUAACAGGUUAUACUUAUCAAAAUCAGAAAGGAGCUAUUUCAUCUGAAAUUCUUGUUUGUGUUUUGAAGUGAGUGAGUCUGUGUAUUAAUCAUUCUUCGUCAGACGAGUAGUUUGAAGCUGUUGUGGGGAAGAAAGUGACGAAGCAUAAUAAAAGUUCAGCAUCCAUCUAUAGGAUUUCGGUGCCUCCAAUACAUAAUAUAGUCUGCUGUGUGUGCCGCAGAGGAUUGCAUACGUUCAUAUUUGGGACACGAUCUGGCAGCGUCUGCACUUGCUGUUGCCGUUGUCUGGCUUCAUCUGCUGCGUGAUUCAUUGCACUCAACGCGUGGUCUUUUUUUCUGGGAGUUAUUCGCUGAAUAAGAGCGCAGUUCUUCAAGCACCCACACAGUUGCUGGUAACGAGCAACCGCCAAAAUGCCGUCUGUGGGAGUAGCGUGCGUUCGAUACCUGGUGUUUUUCUUCAAUUUCCUGUUUGCGAUCACCGGACUGGUCGUCGUAGUAACGGGAGCCAUCAUCCAAUCGUCCUACCAUCACUACUCGAAUUUCCUCGGUGAGACCUUUUGGACAGCUCCGAUAGUGCUAAUCGUGAUUGGAUCCGUCAUUUUCGUCGUUGCCUGCUUCGGAUGCUGUGGCGCCGCCAAGGAAAGCCCAUGUAUGAUCAUAACGUUCUCGGUGUUCCUGGGUCUGGUCUUCUUGGCCGAGAUCGGUAUCGGCGUUGCCGGGUACUACAAGCACGAAGAACUGAGCGGCAUCCUGGAGAAGGGAUUCAACGAAACGCUGGACAACUACUCGAACAAUUUGGCUGCCCAGGAAGCAUGGAAUCUGGUCCAAUCGGAGAUGAAGUGCUGCGGUGUGAAUGGGCCGGAGGAUUGGCAGCCGAUUUUCAAGAAUGACACCGUCCCUAGAUCGUGCUGCCACGAGCUGCCAAUUGGAGUGAGCAAGUGCACCCGAAAGCACGCCGACCCCGAGGGCUGCUUCCCGAAGCUGUCCGCUUUCCUCGGUUCCAAGUCGCUGAUCCUGGCCGGAAUCGGUAUCGGAUUGGCUGCCGUUCAGUUGGUAGCCGUCCUGCUGGCUUGCUGCCUGUAUGGAUCUUUCCGACGACAGUACGAAACUGUCUAAACUGUUUCUGAAGAAAGCGAGAGAGAACAUCACCGUUAUCAAACAAGAAGAAAAAGUGUACCCAACAUCGAUUAUCGAGAAGAAAAACCUCCGAAAUGUAAUCCCAUCGUAAAGCUCCUCGUAAAUUCAACGUAGAAGCUUUUCAGAACGGAUGGAAGCAACAAAAGAAAACGAACUAGAAGAAGAAAUACUAUUAGAAUGUGAUAACCAUCGUAUAAGCAUUCGAAAUUUGUUUUAGUAGUAACCCAACAAACGGACGACAACAGGGAAAAGUCGAUCCCUGCGUAACAAUGGAAUUCCAUUAAAUCAUUCCUGAUCCCUAGCAAAAUAGUUUUGGGGAGGUUGAAAUUCAUUAAUACACCAUCACAUUCCGGCUCAUUCUUUCGGUGUAAUUGAUAUGUUUGAGACUAGGGGAAGAGAACUAGAAGCCAUAGAAAGUCACCCGAUUUCCCAUUAUUAUUCGGAGCCAGAAACGGAAGCGAAAUUCUGGGUGGCUGCGAAGGUGAUCUGAGACCAACAAACUUACAUUCAAGUUGUUACUUCGCCAUUGUAUUAGAAUGAAUCUUAUAUUAUAUGACAUUGGAAAAGAAAGUUAAAAGUGAGCACCUUUGUCAGCACAUUUGAGGAAAAGAUAGCCGGAGAGAAAGAUAGAGCUAGUGAGUCACUCAUUCACACAAUAAUAUUUGUAGUUUGUAGGUAAAAUAUGCGUCAAAACGACCGAGAGAAAACGUUGAAAUGUAAGUGGAUUAGAUACAAAACAAAUCAAAAACGGUAAGAGGAGUUUUUCUCAUGAAAAAGUAAAAUCUUUAAAGAUUACCCAUUUACAGAUCCAUUGUCAAAAGGAAAUUAAAACAAAAACUAGAAUACAGCAAAUUAGCAGUAGCAGAGAACUGUGCAUUUUUAGACGUAAGCAAAGUGAAUCCCAGCAUAUAUCCUGUGUUGAUAUCGCGCACCUCUACAUAUUGUAGUGAAGCAAGCUUUUUAGAUUCGUACACAAGUGUUCUCUCACAGCUUUUUGAAAACUAUUUCGUUCCGUAAAUGAAUCUCAGUUUAUAAAAAUUUAAAACAACGUUUAGGUUAAUUUUAAAAACAUUCAAAAAUUCAUUUCCAUGUAAAAUUUUAGUCCAUCCAAUGAAAAAACAAAACGUGAACAUGCUUCAGCAGAAAGGAACAAUUAUAAAAUCUAUUUAAUUAUAUAAAAGUACAAGACAAGUAAACUUCAUCUCGUGACCAAUUUCCACAUUAAAAAAUUCGAAAAUUAUAUAAAAAUAUAUAUAGUUACGAAAAAUAUUGUAACAGGGAAGUAUUUUUCGGAACUUAUCGAAAAGUGGUUAUCACAUUGUUUAGCAGAUCUGUAAUGCAAACAUAUCCAGACAUGUGUUUUUUACUUGGAAAACCAAACAGCAAAUUGAUGAUCAUUCCAUGGGCAUUUCCGUUGCUAAUGAUAAUGUGUCAGACUUUUCGACAAUUUUCCGAAAGAUUUUCCCACCUUCAACCCCAGAAUAAAUACCUCCCAGCUUGUCGGUGUCACACACCCAUACAAUAGAAUAACAAACGAACUGACGGAACCAAUUAACCAAUCCAGAGUAAAACCAUACAACACUCUCCGAACCUCUGAAACCAUAAAACACUAGCGAAACCCCAAAAACCGCAACACUAUUUGCACUUUAUAGCGCAGCACUGUGUAUGCAUCAUCGUGUUCGCUUCUGUAUCCAUGGUAUCCACUCCCUCCCACCAAAAUGAAAGCUGCUCAAAUCGUAGAUGAAACAUUAAUUUAAUCUCAGAGAAGUGAAUAUUGCAUCUUAAUAAAUAGUUGUGUCAAAAUCAAAAAGAGCCAAACCACACUGUCAAAUACAGGACGAUAGGAAUUUUCAUCUUUUACUCGUUUCACUUCUUUUUCGGAGAUGUGUAAUCAAAUCAAUAAAAAUAAAAUAUAUACCUACCAACCUAGAAUGAUCAAAAACUCUUAGAAACAGGAGUGAAGUAAUUUGUAUUGUAUCGAUACAGAUGUGCACCACAGAAAACAAAAAUACACACAUUUUUUUGGUUUUUUUCUUCUCUUCAUACGAUAAACGAUUUUACACAUACACAACACAUACAAGCAGUAAGUACUAUACAUACAGACACACACACAAACACACACACGAUAAGGAUUGAACAAAUAAUGGCACGGAAGAUAGUGAGACGGAGUACAUCCAUCAGGAACCAGGCAAGAUUCGUGUUGAUAUUUUUAUAAAUGUAUUUUAUCGUUUAAGUCUGGAAUAAAGAUUUGCUUAAAUCA